AUGACGCCUUUCGGGUCCUGGAAGAGCCGAGAAUCAGACACCACGCCGGGCUUUCUUUCCCCUGCAUUUCAGCUCAAGGCCGCAGGGCUGACGCUCCACCUUCUCUUGCAGACCAAACCUUCAUACCUGGCUGUUGAUUUUCCAGAUGCCACAGAACAAGCUUCCAAUGGUUGCGGACACUGUGACUUUACACUGUACACCACGCCUAAUCAGAGGGAAGAGUACCUGCUGCUCAAGCUUUUCAAAACCGCCUCUGGAGGAAGAAAUCAAAGGUGCCCGGGACAGAACAGCCUGCGCCAGCUCCCUGGCACCAGUGGUGAAAAGAUCAUUGAGGACAAGGCCCUGAUCAUCAAUACCAACCCUGUGGAGGUGUACAAGGCCUGGGGUGAACCAACUGGAACGAGACUGGAGAGGCCAGACCAGAAAUUGUUUGUCACGUCUCUCCUAAGUCGGCCAGGCAGCCCGGUGAAGGGCAGUCGCGGGCAGCGCCUGCCAGUGCAGGGUAGUUGGGGUGCAAAGCAGCUGUGGGAGCGGAGCAGCCCAGCACAGGGCAGCCCUAGUACUGGGCAGCCACGGGGGGGUGGUGAGGAACUAGAGCACACCAAAGACAUGGAGAGCCGUGCUGUUGCAGACUCCAGGGCCCUGGAGGAAGGGAAGCAGAGCCAAGCAGUGAUUGAAGAUGCGAGCCUGCCUCUUGAGCAAAAGAAGAGGAAGAUCCAGAGGAAUCUACGGACGCUGGAGCAGACUGGACAUGUGUCCUCCAAAAACAAGUACCAAGACAUUCUCAACGAGAUCGCCAAGGAUAUUCGAAAUCAAAGACUCCACCGCAAGCUUCGAAAGGCUGAGCUGUCAAAACUUCAGCAGACCCUGCACGCACUUAAUAAGAAGGCAGCAUUUUAUGAGGAUCAAAUUAAUUAUUAUGACACCUACAUCAAGACCUGUGUAGACAACCUGAAAAGAAAAAAUUCUCGGAGAUCAAUUAAACUGGAUGGAAAAGCAGAACCCAAAGGAACGAAGAGAGUGAAGCCAGUGAGGUACACGGCAGCAAAACUACAUGACAAAGGUGUCCUGCUGGGCAUAGACGAUCUUCAAACCAACCAGUUUAAGAAUGUUAUGUUCGAUAUCAUAGCUACUGAGGACAUGGGCAUCUUUGACGUCAGAUCCAAAUUCCUCGGCGUUGAGAUGGAAAAGGUGCAACUCAAUAUUCAGGACUUACUUCAGAUGCAGUAUGAAGGGGUGGCCGUGAUGAAGAUGUUCGAUAAGGUGAAAGUAAACGUGAAUCUUCUCAUUUACCUUCUGAACAAGAAGUUCUACGGGAAGUGACGUGCCGACUGCUGAGGGACUCGUGGACUCUCUACUGCCUGCCUUGAGAAAUGAGUUUGUCUAGUAUUUUUGUUUUAAAACAUGAUUGAAAUCACGGCUUAUAAAUGUGUGAUUUUUUUUUUUUAAAGACCAAAACUGUUCUGAAGAAUGUAGCCACGUGCCUUUUUGAUAAUUGGAUACUGCAGCAGGGGGAUAGACAAGAUGGGCUGAUGGGACACACCCAGUACUGUGGCACAGGUACUCCGUCUGAAAAGUUCUGAACGCCCUGUGAUUUGUUUUAAAGUAGGGGGAGAAAGUUGAGCUGACUAGGGACAAAUGUAUAAACCUAUUUUCCUAUGAAAAAAAUUUUUUAAAUGUCCCACUUAAAUGAUGUAAUUCUUCGCAGAUUUUUUUUUUAUCUGUGGAGAAAUAGAGAUCUAAUUAAUUUGUAAUGAAUUAUUUAGACAUAUAGUUCUAAGCCCUGCCUUCUGGGAAUUAUCGGUUUUAAAGAGAACUUUUGUGCAAUUCAAAAUGAAGUUUUUAUAAGCAAUUGAAAGUGAUGACACAGCAACACUUUCUGUAUAAAAGUAUAUAUUUUAUGUGAUUUAUUCAAUUUAUUCAAAGUGCACUACUGCCUCAUGGGAAGGCUCCUGUAGGAGGAGUCGCAGGAAACACGGUGGAUAGCAAGUAGAGACCCCCACCUUCACCCUCACCUUUUAUUUGAAUACUUCAAUUGUGCCUCUCAAUUUUUUUGUAAUGCUAUAAAAUCAGUAUCUAGAUGGUUUUUAAAUGUAUUCUUUGAAAAUUGUUUUAUGUAAAAUAAAUGUUACUUAAUUACAUGAA